GCCAUGUCGGUUUGAGGUCUUGAUAUUAGCUUUGGACCUGCUGUAGCCUGGAUCGUUUUUUUUAAUUGAUAAGCACAAUAAUGUGGAUUUUUGCUAAUGAAAGACUGAUUUGUUGAUAUUCUUAUUAGGCGUUUUGAGGACUAUUAUUUUGAGAGGGGAGACGCCUUAAGCGUCAGUGAAAAAAUGUCUGUAGCCGGGCUGAAGAAGCAGUUCCACAAAGCCAGUCAGCUUCUCAGUGAAAAGAUCAGCGGGGCAGAGGGUACAAAGCUGGAUGAUGAUUUCUUGGAGAUGGAGAGGAAAAUUGAGGUAACGCACAAGUCAGUGUUGGACCUCUUAUCCAAAACGACAGAAUACCUGCAACCCAACCCAGCCUCUCGUGCAAAACUGAAUAUGCUGAACACAGUGUCCAAGAUCCGAGGUCAAGUGAAGAUCACCGGGUACCCCCAGACCGAAGGCCUGCUCGGGGACUGUAUGCUGCACUUCGGCCAUGAACUUGGAGAGGACUCUCUCUUUGGCGGUGCACUAGUUGACGUGGGCGAGGCGAUGAGGCAGAUGGCCGACGUGAAGGACUCCCUGGACAUAAAUGUUAAACAAAACUUCAUUGACCCCCUGCAGACUCUACAGGACAAGGAUGUGAAGGAGAUCAUGCACCACUUGAAGAAGCUCGAGGGACGCCGGUUAGACUUUGACUACAAGAAGAAGCGUCAGGGGAGAAUCCCAGAUGAGGAAAUCCGCCAAGCCAUUCAGAAAUUUGAAGAGAGCAAAGAUGUAGCUGAGCGCAGCAUGUUUAACCUCUUGGAAAAUGAUAUUGAACAGGUGAGCCAGCUGUUAGCAUUGACUGAAGCAGCCUUUGAGUACCAUCAGCAGUCAUGUCAAGUCCUGGAGGAUCUCAGUAGAAAGCUGCAGGAGAGGAUAUCCACAGCCGGCAGUCGACCGAAGAGAGAGUUCAAACCAAAGUCCAUCAAGGGUUGCUUCCAGACGUUUGAUAACAGUCGGCACAAUGGUCUCUCUAACAGCUCCACAUUUAAAGUGACAGAUAUGACAAUCGGUGACACAGCCAACGUGAAAAAAUGGGAGGUGCUGGAUCAGCCGUGCUGUCGCUCUCUGUAUGACUUUGAGCCAGAGAACGAAGGAGAGCUCGGCUUUAAAGAAGGAGACGUCAUCAUCCUGACCAACCAAAUCGAUGAGAACUGGUACGAGGGCAUGAUUCACGGGGAUUCUGGCUACUUUCCCAUCAACUACGUGGAGGUCAUCGUCCCUCUGCCAGAGUAAGACCACCUCAAGUCCUGAUCCUCAGCCUUUGUCCUCGACUUCGCUUGUCCACAUACACUGCACAUGUUGUUGAUUCUGAAUUUGAAAGCAAUGCAGGGAAGUUGCAGUUUAGUCUCAAGGCCAGCUUAAGAUUGAAUGUUUUUCAAUUUGCUAUUGGUGGACUUAAUGCCAAGCCAAGCCUUAACCCAGGAAGUAGAGUCCAUUCCUUUUUGGGGACAGAAUCUGAUAAAGGUAGUUGUUAAAUGUGCCCUCCAUCUUGGAUCGCAAUAUACAGUUCUUAACAACUUUAUGAGAACACCAAUAUAAAUUACAUUCACGUGUAAGAAUAUGGAUUGUAUUUUAGUGUUUACAUAUCCAUUGAUUUCCGUCCAAUAUCUGGAUCCACAUCAAGGGGGUGGGGGCAGUCUUCCCUCAGGUCCUCCCCCCAAGCACGUCAGGUGUAGUCCUCAGUCCCCUUGUAUCCUUGGUCAAGAAUAUGACAUCCAAAAGAUACAUGAGAAGGAAUCCUGACUGUUCAGACAUGUUUAGGUAUAUGUUAGAAGAAAUGUCAUAUUCAAAUCACUGCAAAAUGUCUUCAUUUAUGAAAUACCGGCCAUUAUUCAAAAGCCGUCCCAUUCACUAUUUGCCAUUUUUGAUGAUUUAGACUGAUUUUUCAAGGUACACAAAAUAUUGUGUUCUAUGGCUAUAUAAGCAUAUUAUCUACCAAAAGAAAUAUUAGAAUCUCAUCUUUCAUCAGAAACAAAUGCCUUUUUCAGUGUUUAGUAACCAGCAAUAGAACAUAAGGGUCAGCAAAAUAUCCGUUUUCAACCAAAAAAGCUUGUUGUGAAAAGAUACAUUUCACUUAGAGACUAAUUUAGCCAUAUAUAUUUAGCCAAAAUAUCUAAACAACUAUGCCACAACAUAAACAACACAGCUAAUUAAAUGAGUGACAUGAAAAUUACUGAUUUACAAAUGUAACACCAUCAAAUAUUUACAAUUUUCACAGAAAAUUAGUUAGCAUUCAUACGAGGGUCAACUAUUAUUCAUUCAUUCAUUUUCUACUGCUUAUCCUCACGAGGGUUGUGGGAGUGCUGGAGCCUAUCCCAGCUGUCUUUGAGCGAGAGGCGGGGUACACCCUGGACUGGUGGCCAGCCAAUCAUAGGGCACAUAUAGACAAACAACCAUUCACACUCACAUUCAUACCUAUGGACAAUUUGGAGUGGCCAAUUAACCUAGCAUGUUUUUGGAAUGUGGGAGGAAACCGGAGUACCCAGAGUAACCAUGUACGCACAAGGACAACUUGCAAACUCCACACAGAGAUGGCCGAGGGUGGAAUUGAACUCGGGUCUCCUAGCUGCGCGCUAACCACUCGUCCGCUGUGCAGCCGUCACCUAUUAUGACAAUAAGAAAUGUGUUUCAUUUACUAAAUGACCUGUAUAUUAACCAAGCUACAUUGUUAUUGUUAUUGUAGCAGAGUAACACAAAGCCUUGCUAGUCUAAGUGUCACUCACAAUACCUCAAUAUUGCAACGACACAGACGGAAGAGUGGAUGCUAUUGGCUCUCAAUUUUGUUACGUAGACUAAACAUGAUGCUUCUUACCAACCUUUGUGCUGGAAGACACAGCCAUCCCAAUGAGAGGGGACAUUGACGGAAGUAGUGUUAGCUCCUAUGGGCUAUGUCAAAUCAAUGUGCCUAUGAAAGAAGUUCUGUUAAUGUAUUAAAUCAAUCAAGCUGGCUUAUGCUAACUCAUUGUCUUCUUAGAAUGCACAGAAAUGGGAAAGAAAUAUGUGUAAUAAGGAUUGUGGACGACGGGCAGUUUUCCUUUAAGACCACACCCUCAAAAAUUUACACAAGUGCACCACACAUGGGACAUCGAAAGGUGCAAGGACGUUACUUGCAUGAUAAGGAGAUCCCACUUUCCAGCACAAUGGAGGGGGUGCCAUCAUGAUCUGGGCUGCUUCUCCUUCAAUGGAACAAUGGAGGUUGCACAGGGGUGUCAAACGGCAGCCUGAGAUGUCUUUUGGUGUCUUCUAACAUUUAAUGCAAACAUGUCUGAACAGUCCCUUUAGACUUCUGUAGUUUUCCUAAGGCUGAGAACAUUACAAAGUUCAUCAAUGAAGCUACCUCAAAUGUUUAUUUUACUCCUUAUUUUCUCGACGGUUUGAAUCCCUUUCCAGAGCCUUGCUGCCUCAUUCCUUGACCUGUCAUGUGAGCACAUGAGUCAAUCCACGUAUACUUUAUCUUUAAAAUCAGCAUUCAUUUACACAGAGCCUAGAAAACGUCAGGAAUUGUCCGUGUGUUGUAGGUACCACUGUAUGGAAUGAAACCAACACAUGUGCAUAGUAUGUAUAUGUCACAUACGUCAAGGUUUUAAAAUGAUAUCACACAUUUCUUACGACAUAAACCAAAUAACGUUUGGACUUUGGUUCACUGAGGCAGCACUUUUCACCAGAGAUUUCCAAAAGCUGCAUUUUUAAGGACAAAAAAAAAAAAAACGAUGUUUGUUUGCUUAUGAAUGAAACACAUAGAAAAAUCAUAAAGUACGUGCUAACAGAGCCUGACUAUGAAGUGUUGUAAAGCUACGGAUAUUGUCUGCCUUGUCUCACUGUCACAAGUGCUCUUUGACAUGCCACUUAUGUUUGACUGAAGCUUUAGCGUUGUUAAUAACGUGCGCCUUUUGUCUUGUCUACAAUUGUCUUCUUUUUCCUUUUUUACAGUUUGCACUUUUUCCACAUAUUUUUCCCACUGUACUACAAGGCAUCCCUAAAGUCUGGAUACGUACAAUUAUCAAAAAUAUAUAUUUAAUACAGUAUAUACAGUGGAACCUUGGUUAACGUGUUUUUUCAGUUAAAAUGUUCUGGUUAGCAUACAGUAAUAAUAACAUUUACACAAUAAAUAAUCAUUCAUUCAUUCAUUUUCUACCACUUAUCCUCACGAGGGUCGCGGGGGUGCUGGAGCCUAUCCCAGCUGUCUUCGGGCGAGAGGCGGGGUACACCUUGGACCGGUGGCCAGCCAAUCACAGGGCACAUAUAGACAAACAACCAUUCACACUCACACAAUAAAUAAUCAUGAUAAAUACAAAAAAUAAUAAAUGUGAAUCUCACUUGGAGAUAAAUAAAGUAUCUAUCUAAUAUGACUCUAAUCAAAUACAUUUUUCCCAUAAGAAAUUAUGUAAUUGGGUUUACGCCACAAACCAAGGUUCCACUGUUUCUCGGAUCUCUUUACAUAACCAUGGAUUCGGUCAAAAUACAUGUAUUUAUUUAUUUAUUCAAAAUAGGCUGUUUUUUCCCCCAGAAAACACAUCUCAUGUGCCACAGUUUGUGCCAAAGUGUUAAGAUUUCACACUUUGUUCAGCAGCCCUUAAACGCUCCAUAGUUGCUGUAAGUGAAAACGUGGAUGUAACUUCUACACCAUUCAAUGUUUUAAGGAUCAUCUUACUUUAUUAUUCAUUAGUGGUUAAUAGCUAUGGAUUGUGUCGCGAGUGAACAGUGGCAAUUGAAGAGAGAAGGGGAGGUGUUCUGGAGUGAAUUUUAAUGCAAUUUAAAAAAAAAUGCUUUUAUUGCAAAUCCGAAAUUGGAAGAAAAUGUCAACGUCAAGCUAGCAGGAGUUUUAGGAAGGGGAGGAGUGAGCUAUGUGUUAGGAAUUGACAUUUUUGUGAGAUUGUCCCUAUUUCACUGAAGGGGAUCUACUGUAUAUAUCAUUUAAUAACAAUAUAUGAAUAGCAUUUAAAAUUGCAUUCAUUAUUUUUCUCAAAGUUUAUGUACGUAUAUUAUUGUAGGUGUUAUGUUUUAUUUAUUGAUUUUUUUUUGCAAUUACAAUUAUUUUUUAUGAUGUAUUUAAUCUUUUUUUUUUUUACUUAAUUUAUUUAAAACAUAUUAAUGAAAUGGUCAUUAUACCAAAGUAUAUGCCAAUCGGCACUUGCGUUUUAGUUCCAGAACAAAAAACUCCAAAACAAAAUUGUUAGCACUCUACUGCUUCCCCACUUAAAAUUGUGUGCUGCAGUGAAAUGCGUCCAAGUGGAAACUGUGAUUAGACUGAAAUAGUCAUCCACACCGCAGAGCCACAAAAACUUGUCCUACAGCCGUAUAUUAAAUGUCCAGACUUUAGGGGGACACCCUUUAUAGUAAAAACGCUAUUUCAGCUGUUGGUAUUUUAUGGUAAAUGUUUUCCAAGUUAUUCCUCAAGGAACAUUUAAGUUUGCUUUCAAAAUUUCAGGACUUUCCAUCUCGCCAUGAUGAAUGAAGUUAACAUUCCACACGAUUUCCUUUUAUUGUAAAUUUUGAAAGACUGGGACGACAAGUCACAUGAUGCCAUUCUCUCUCGUGUGAAUUAUUUCUAAUUCCUCAAAUGUUCAGAAUUUUUGAUUCAACUUUAGAAAACUGCACAUGUCAAUGUUAUUCGGUUUCUAGUUCAAAUACAUGAAAGAUGUCAGAGCACAGGUAAGCAGCCAUUUUUUUGUAGUCCUUAUAUAUUGUAUGCACACUUAUUAACACUUAUUUUGGCGGUAUAUUUUUGUGCAACUUUUCCAACUUCAAGCUGUGUAAACUUGAUUACUUAUUGGAUGUAAGCAUAUCUGCUGGUGUGUAUUUGUGUCAUGAAGGAAGGGAUGUCUUAAGGUUAUGUGUAUCUUCCUUUCCUUAAGCAAAAUGGGCCAAAAAAGAGAUUUAACUGCCUCUGUAAAGCCCAUAAAGUAGGUCUAUCAAUCGAUUAAAAUAUUUGAUCGUGAUUAAUUGCAUUU